UAUCACACUAUUUUAUCUUAAUCUUUUAAAAUGGGGAACCUCCAUCUGCUGCCAAGAGAGCUGCGCACUUUGCUCCCAACAGCCUGAACUUUUUCUCUCCUGGUCAGGACAAAACAUUGUGGAUUAUCCAGAUCUUCAGAAUAUAAGAGCUUCCUUAUUCCUACCCGAGGACCCAUGUGGGUGAUGGAGAAGAUCCGUGUGUCUGUGGAGAGAUCUAACCUGCCUAUUCCAUCAGCUGAACUCAGCUUUAAGAUCAGUCACAUCAUGUUUGGAGACAAAGCUGACAAAACCAAAAGGAUUUCUCUCUGUCCUAACGUCAUCACCCCUGAUAACAUCCCAGAGUUCUGCAUCCCCCCGACCAUCCCGUCCCUGCAGGAGAUGAAGACUACAGAGCAGAGUCGAGCUGCGCGUGUCAUCAAGGGGUUUCCCUGCGAGAGGGUGAGCCCUGAAAUAGAGGUGACACAUUAUGAGCCCAUCAACCCACACAUCAUUCAAGUGGAGAGUGUGGAUGAAAGCCCCUACGAUGGCUGCAGUGACGAGGAGACCACCAACGCAGACCCUCAGAGCCAAGCUGCCUUGUCUCUUCCACACCUGCCCAAAGCUCAGACCUGCUACGGCUUCUGCACCUUACUGGAGAGCCCCCACACCAGGAGGAAGGAGUCACUCUUCCACUCUGACCCGGGCUCCUCUCCCCUGCUGCUGCCCAGGAGUCGAUCCAGCAUGUGCACUAAAGUCUCACCCUCCACCUCACCCUCUUCCUCUCCUUCAUCCUUCAGCCUUAACUCCCUGACCUCUAGGCUUUCCCCGAGAGGAUACACUCUGAACUGGCAGGCCACUCUGGACAGCGACACCACUUCCUCCACUGAAUCCUCGCCUUUCAGCUCACCGCUGCUGACCAGGUGCCCCGGCAAGUCUUCCCUCUUCAAAGCACUGAGCCAUGAACUGCUGUUGUCAAGGAACAUGAGGAAAGCAAUGGUGUCCAGGAACAAUUCCCUGUCCACAGAUGAAGGCAGCUCCACAGACAAUAGCCCCAAUGUCAUGAGAAGGGCGUCUGAGGGCUUAGUCGAAGGCCUGCCUAACAGCUACAGCCUGGCGCCGCCCACCAUCUUCCCUGUAGACUUGACUCUGCACAGAGAAAGGGUAAUGAAGGAGAGAAUGGUGCCCAUAGGGAAAGACGGCAGCCUGAGACUGUCAGCAGAGUACUGCCCGGAGAACCACAGACUGCGGGUUCGACUGAUCAGCGCCGAGGGCCUCUAUCCUCUCUCCGUAGAUCCUAAGAUCAUCAACUGCAGCAUUAGCCUCUCUCUGGUUCCUGGUAAGAUCCAGAAACAACGCAGCACCGUCAUCAGAAAGAGUCGCAACCCAAUCUUCAACGAAGAUUUCUUCUUUGAUGGCAUCUCUGAGGAAGACCUCGUCCAGCGCUCCCUUCGCUUUAAAGUGGUGAACAAAAUGUCCACACUGAAGAGAGACUAUCUCCUGGGUGACUGUGAUUUGCCUCUUUCUAGCAUUGUGACAUUAUAAAGUACUU